GGAUGCGGUGUCCGGUGUUCGUUUGCAGUGUGAUCGGUUUAAGGUCCUGUGACAGUACCRAUGGUGUCAACCAAUCAAACGCCACCAAUUGCAAUGCCGGUGCACGUGCCGCCCGGUCACGUGGUGCAGCAGAUCGUCGACGAGAAUGGCACCUUGCGACACGUGAUCUUGUCACCUUCUCAACAUGCGAAUCUACUGCCAUUACAAAACACCAAUCACUAUAUCCCUAAUGUUUGCUUUAAUGAUCCAUUUUACGUUCAUCAACUAGAGAGUGCCAACGGUGCCGCUGUAGCGCAAUCGCAACAAUCGUACUACCCGAGCUCCGUUUCCGGGUAUCCUGCGCAAUACCCCUCCAUGCCAGGCCCACAAGUGCCCCUCAACCCCGCUCAUCCAGGACCGUCGCCACCACCACCACCAACCACCUGCUACAAGGAUGAACGCACUCAACGGCAGCAUACGAAAUUGAAAAAGAAACUGCAGGAGAAACAAAAGGGCCCAGAUCCCGGGUCCAGGCCUGCUUUGAAGCGCGGACGGAGCAGCGAAGAGGGCGAUGAACGGGAAAGUGUUGCAGAGGAGGAGGAGUCGGUCCAGGUGGUGACUGAUCUGCUCUCCUCCGUCCAGGCGCCUCAAGUUGCCGAGUUGAGCUCGAGAAAUGCCCUCCUCCAGUGGGCCCCUCCUUUGCGGCUGUCCGAGUCGGCCAGUAACGACAGCGGCACCAACGAGAUUGACAUUCCGGAGAGCGAGUUAUGGUACGAGGUGCUGCUAAGCGACAGAGGAAGGGACGCAUCUAGAGGAGAGAUGAAGUUCAAGUCGAUCUACAAAGGACCAUCCCAUAGCUGUCGCAUUAAAGACUUGAAGCCCGGCCAGGAGUACUCAGUGUCCCUGCAGGUGCAUCUUGAUGAGCUGCAAGGCUAUGCCACUGAUCCAGUGAAAUUCCUGACACCCAGCUGCGAACCGGAUCAGCCGCAAGCACCCAAGCUUGGCGCAAAGACGAAAAACUCUCUACAGCUCAGAUGGAGUCAAGUUCCCGAUAACGGAUCCCGCAUCCAGUACUAUGUUCUGGAGUACGACGCUGGCAAAGGGGGAGAGUUUGAGGAAGUGCACCGGAUCCGAAGUCGCACGCAGUACAACCUGCAGAAACUCCAACCGGCCACCACCUACCGAUUCCGGUUGGCCGCAGUCAACGAAGUGGGGCGGAGUGCCUAUUCCGAACCAGUCUCUUUUCGGACUACGGACAUGCCUCCACCUCAACCUGCCCCUCCCACUCUGCUGGCGGCCUCUGUGUCCAGUUUGCAUGUCCAGUGGCAGCGGCGCGUCGAGGACGAGGAGUACACACUGCAGAUGAACGAUCUGCGCACCAAGUACGGUCACCUGAGCGUCUACAAUGGACGGGACACUUCGUAUGUGUGUCAGCGGCUGGCCAGUUUUAGUGACUAUGUCUUCAGAUUGAGAGCCACCAAUGAGGGCGGUAUUUCAAGUUGGAGCGAGGAGGUCACCUUCCGCACGAAGCCUGAUCGGCCCGAGCGUCCCUCCAAGCCCGUGGUCAAGGGACGGAUCCACGCAUACUCUUUUCGGCUCAAGUGGGAACCGCCCAACAGAGUUGACGGCGCUGAGAUCACCAGGUAUAUCUUGGAGGUGAAUUCGGGCAGCGGCUACGAGGUGGCAUACGCAGGACCCGACACAGAGGCAAUUUGUGAUCGGCUUACUCCUGGCACCACUUAUCAGUUGCGCGUGAGCUGCGCCUCGGCCGGGGGUCAAAGUGUGCCCUCCGAUCCAUGCACGGUGACAAGUGAGGCGAUUGGUCCAGGAGUAUGCGGCGCGCCAACAUUGAUGGAAAGGGCGGGGCCGAACUCUGUGACUGUGAGCUGGGCGGAGCCAGACUAUAAUGGUGGCGCCCCCGUCUUGGACUAUGAGCUCGAGAUGACGAAUCCAGAUUCCAGUCGUGUGAUCGUGCACAAGAGUAAAGACACUCAAUGUACGGUGGACCGAGGAAUCCUGCCCGGGCAGGAAUACGCAUUUUGCGUUAGGGCAGUCAACCGGAUAUGUGCAGGUCCUUGGUCAGAAUGCUUGAAGGUGGUAUCUGGGGCAGCGCCUCCGGCAGCUCCAAAUGGCAUUAGCCUCAUUUGUCGGUCCGCGUUCCACAUUUUCCUGGAGUGGCGAGAGCCUCAAAACAACGGAGCGCUUGUCACUGAGUAUCAGUUGGAGGUAAACACGGAAAAUCCUGAGGAUGUAAGCCAGUUCUCCAGCCUGUAUCAGGGUCCUCAAACUAGUUUCGACGCGAAAAACUUGCUGCCUUUCCACACCUACUUUUUUAGGGUCCGCGCUUUUAAUUCUGCCGGUCCUGGACCCUACUCGACUGUUGCUGCCACCUUGACACCACCAGCUGCCCCAUCCGCGCCCACCAUUCUGCGCAGCGAGGCCACGCCCACCACAAUCGCGCUAUGGUGGGCGGAGCCUGCGUCUAACGGCGCAGCCAUUACCAGCUACAACAUUGAUGUGAAUGGGGAGCAGCUGAUUAAUCUUGAGGCUCCGCUGGAACGUUACAGGAUCGACAACCUUCAUCCAGAAACGCACUACAAGAUCCGAAUCCAGGCCGUAAACACAGUAGCGAAUGGGCAGUUUUCGCCUGUGUGGAAAACGACCACAUCGCGUCUCCCCCCCGCGGCUCCGACCCUGGAAACCAUUGGCGUGGGUCACAACUACUUGAAACUCAAAUGGGGUGAAGGAAAAAACCUGGAUUUUACCCAAUUUUUCGUGGAAAUGGAAAACACGCGAUCCAGAGAAUGGCAGUGCGUGUACCGUGGCACCGCCCUGAGUUGCAAAGUGAAUAAACUCCAUGAGUCGACCAUCUACAAGUUUCGGAUUAGCGCAAGUAACGACGCAGGAACCGGCGACUAUUCGCCAGAAUACCGGUUUAGUACGUCGGUGGCGCCACCGGCGGUCCUCAAGGUACCUCGGGUGGUAGAGGUGGACCAAUCCGGUUGCAGCAUUGAAUGGGUGUCGUCGGCGAAAAACGGUUUCGACGACAGCAUUAUCUACCAGGUCCAAAUUGCCCGGGCUAAAGACCCGAUUUACAAGCAGGUGCACCGCAGUAGUGAAACGAAGUGCGCAAUCCAGAGCCUGGAGCCUGGCACGGAAUAUCUAGCACGCGUAUGCUCAGUACGAGUUACUGCAGCUGGCGACUUGCCAGGGCCGUACUCGCCCCCGCUUACUUUUGCCACGACGAGUGCCGAUGUUUCAGCCGUCACUAAGCUCUCUAGCCAUGCGACUCCCAUCCACUCCACCAAAAACCGGAACAUGGCAACGCUGCUUCUGCACGGCGUGUCAUUUAAGCGCUUUUACAAGGAGAACCUGGUCUAUAUUUGGGCAUUACUGCUCACAGUGGUCGGAAUAGUUAUGUCCCUUGGAAUAGCCUCGUUUUUGUAGAAUGGAUGGCUAGUCUAGAAAAGCGAUUUUUUCAAACUUUUUUGUUUUAAGCAUGAAACACCGAGAUGCUCUUGAUUUUCCAUGAUAAGAUCGGCUACUAUGCAGGAUAGCCUGCUUGGUUGACAGGGUCGGACUAGCUAGCAGGGUUGGUUGUAGCCGAAUGUAGGAAAUUGUUUUCCUUUUAUUGUCAUUGUUUGAACGAGAAAACGGAGCUAAUCAAAAUUGAAUCUCCACCCAAAACCAAUAUGUUAUGAUUUCUAUGAGUAAUAGUUCAAUAGUAUUAUUAAGCAAGGCUUUUUCUAAUAGUAUCUUAGGUUUAGGAAGGAUGGAAAAAGGAACUAAAUCUGAGUUGGGGGCAAACUUUUUUUAUAUGUAUAGAUAUAUAACAAAGUCCAGAUUUCGAGAGCGAAUAGGUUCGAAGCCGGUCCUGGCCGUCCGGCGCCUCGCUAAAUCUCCAAUUGCGUACUUUAUAAAUUUAUAUAUAUACAUCUAUAAUACAGUUCUAAAAUCGUUUUAUACUUUUUAAAUUGUUGCUCUAUAGGCAGAUUUUGGUUCUCGCUUUUCCUUUCCAUACUUUUUCCAUGUUUCUGAUUGGUGCUAGAAUCGGUUUUACCGAAUGUGAUUGUUCGCCGAUAUGCAGGGUGAGGUAUUUUUUCAAAUUCAACCACUUUUCGCAGAUUUUAUUCAAAUAUCCGAUCGUUUGUUCCUGUGUGUGUCUGUGUGCGCGCUAUUUCGCUUUACUCACAUCGCAUAGAUGUGAGUAUUUGAAAACAUACAGUGCUCUGUGUACUCCAGUCACCCUGUACAUGUUCCACGUCUAGUAUAAGAGUAUGUUUAUACAAAAUAAAUAUGAAAAAAAUAAAAUUAUUAUAACGA